AUGAAGAAGUUCUUCAACAAAGUCCUCCACCGCAGAAACUCUUCAGCUACUCUCUCCUCACCCCCUCCACCUCCAUCUCCCCACCCAAACUACAACCCCCAAGACUGGCUCCACCGCGCCCGCACUCUCGACUCCCUCGACACCAUACGCAAUCUCCUGACAGAAAUAUUCAGCGCACCAGAAACCUGGUGGAGCCAAUUCACUUCACAUUGUGAAAAUAUCCUCCGACCAAAAUACAAACAUUUAGAGAGAGGAGGUGUGCCUAAGGAUUGGAAAGAAGAGAGGUGGAAUAUGUAUUUACUGAGCCGGAUGCAAGAAUUAAGGAGAUAUUAUGGGGUUGAGUUGAAGAGAACGUUUGGUAAUGGGAGAGAGAAAGUUAUUGUUGGUACGAGAAGGAUACGGAAGACGUAG